UAUUGAUGAGAAAUGGCGAACGGGUGCGAGAUUUGCUGUGAAAUAAUGAUCGCCAUAUUCAUCCCUCCACUAGGGGUUUGUCUAAGGCAUGGCUGUUGCACUACGGAGUUCAUGAUAUGUCUGAUCCUAACGCUUCUGGGAUACGUACCGGGCAUCAUCUACGCACUCUAUGCAAUCGUCUACGUGGAUAGUGAUAAGUUCUUCGACGAGUACCGUCGUCCACUCUUCUACGCCCACUCACCUUGA